UGAACUUUGCUUACGCAUUAGCAUGGUUGAUGAUGUCCAAUCAUUGGAUACCGAAUGGGUGAUAAGCUCUAAUCCUUAUCCAAUUAGAUUAACUCUAAGACAGAUAAGGAACAUAUUGAAGGUGGAUGAAUAUAUGGACGCAAAUUGCUUUAACAUGGCUGUGCGGAUACUAGCAUGCCAUGACAUCCAGCUUGUUAGAGAUAUUCCCGUUCAUUACAUGGAUCUGAACUUUUGUUGGAUGUCCCAAUAUGCACGAGAUCCAAGGCGCAAUGAAAAGUUGGAUAUUACUAAGUUGUCACAUUUGUUUGAAUGUUGGCCUGAUAGCAAUGAGUACCAUAUCUCAGAAUACAAUAUGGAUGAUAUUGAAAUGAGGAGGCAAUUUGUGGUUCACAUUUUGAAGUACGAGGGGAAUGAGGCUCUAAACAAUAUCCCAGCCAUGGAACGAAGCAUUAUAGAUGACAUACGUAGAUGGACUUUUAUGAAAGAAGCAUAA